AUCGGUGACGCUACAUAAUGCUGUUUGGCACCAUCUGCUGGAUUGGACAUUGAAAGCGCGACGUGUUUUUAACAACCAUUUUGUAUCGAGCCUGCAGAGACGCGCAAUGACAUCAUCAGUUCACGAAAAUGUCCAGAAAUACUACGGCGCCCGCCUGCAGACUUCCAGGGAUCUUCAGACCAGCGCCGCCUGCGGGCUGCCUGCUCGCCGCCCACCCAGAAGCGCCGUCGAAGCGCUCAAACUGGUCCAUCCCGAAGUGUGCAAAAAGUAUUUUGGUUGUGGCCCAGUGAUUCCUGAAAAGCUACAGGGCUGUAAGGUUCUUGACUUGGGCAGUGGGUCUGGUCGGGAUUGUUACAUUCUCAGUAAACUGGUUGGGAAGGACGGUCUUGUCAUUGGUAUCGACAUGACAGAGGAAUUGAUUGCAGUGUCACAGAAGUACAUCCAGUACCAUCAGGAACAGUUUGGUUACGACAAGCCGAAUACCGUCUUUGUCCAAGGGUACAUGGAGAAACUGUGUGAAGCGGGAAUACAGAGUGACGCUUUGGAUGUCCUGGUGUCAAACUGUGUGAUAUGUUUGUGCCCAGACAAAAAGGCUAUAUUCACGGAAGCGUAUAGGGUGCUUAAGGAGGGAGGUGAAUUUUACUUCAGUGACAUGUACUCUAGUGAAGUCAUUCCUGAACACCUAAAGCAAGAUCCAGUUUUAUGGGGGGAGGGGAUGGGUGGCUCCCUCUACUGGCGAGACCUUAUUUCCCUGGCGCAGGGAAUUGGGUUCAGCACCCCUUAUCUCGUCACCGCCAGUCAUAUCAUCAUACAUGACAGUGAACUCCUCAGAAAAGCAGGCAACAUCACCUAUGCAUCUGGCACCUAUCGUCUGUUCAAAAUGCCUAAGGAGUUAACAAACCAGGAUGCAGUUGUGACAUACAAAGGAACUGUCCUUGAUCACCUGGAUGAGCUUGAGUUUGAUGUUCUGCACACUUUUAAGACUGGCGUUCCGGUCACCGUGGAUGCAGAGAUGGCCGCUGUUCUCCAGCAGUCCCGUUUUGCACAGGAUUUCUGUUUCAAAAGCUCGGACUUGCCAGCCACCGUCAAGGACUCCACCGAUCAGCGUUGCCAGCUCAGCCCUUUCCUGUUGGCGGACAGACUGGGGUUAGCUGUGACACAGUGCUCCAAGACCCGCUAUGAGACGGGCUGCGAGGUGGGGGCCGGCGGUGUCCGUGAUGUGACGGCAGUGACCUGCAGCGGCGGGGAAUGAAAGCCGAUUAUUAUUUUACAUUUUAUACCGCCGUCGAAGCAUUACUCCCAGGUCCCCUUCGAAGAACCUCAGCUUCCCUAAUGUUGACCACUCCGUGUUUUAUGCAUCAGUUUAAGAAAAUGCUGUAAUCAUUUAUUUUCAUAACCGUGUGAAUGGAUGGUAAAUCUGUAUCAAGCAGAAGAAGAACUUGACUAACAUGGUAUAAUUUACAGUUUUAUAUGUUAGAGAAAGGAAUGCAGGUUUUAAGUCUCUUAUUCACAUACAAACUGUUGAAAUGUUGGUGAAAAUACUGAGACAUUUCCAUAAGUAUUUCUGUUAAUAUGAUGGGUGUCAAAGGGCAGUAUUAUGUUGACUGUAAUUACUCUUAUUGUGAUUGAAACAGUUUUUACUACCAUGUAUUUGUAAUAGGAAGGAAAUUAGCAAAAAGGUUUUCAUUAAAUUCUCACAUUCAAUU